CCUCACACACACACUCACCACUCACACACACUCACACACUCACACGCACACACACAAACACACACACACACACACACACUCCCUGUAUGCGGCUGCCUGAACUCAUGGAAGACUCUGCACGAGGCGGCUCUGGACUCUUAUGAUCCUUCAGUCUGAGGUGAGCACACGCUGGACUGUCAGGCGCUCUGGUCUCGACCGUACAUCUCCUGGACCCUGAGGGACGAUAAACGUGUCCCCUCCCUCAGAGUGUGAGGUGGACGGACUCCCCAGUGGUUACGGAUCCAGGGACUCCAUCCUCAGACCUGGUGCUAAGAGAGACUGGAAAAGACGAAGGCGUGGUAAUCUAAAGCGGAUCGACAGCUGCAGCAGCUGGGAUCCAGGCCACAGGAGCCCCGAGGCCGGUGGAGGGAAACAGCCGCCUGCGUUCGAGCUGAGCAGAGGUGUCGCCAUGCGCUGCUCCACCGUUCUCGCCAUCCUGACGGGGGUGCUUCUCUACUUGGUGCUGGGUGCUGUGGUGUUCCGCGCCCUGGAGGCUCCUCGAGAGGAGGGAAAACACAUGCAGCUGCUGGACACGCGCCGCGACUUCCUGUCGAACUUCACCUGUGUGGACUCAGAGAACCUCCAGACUCUUAUAGAGGAGGUGGUGGAGGCCGUCAGUGCAGGUGUGGAUCCCAGCAGCAACGACACCUUUGUGAGCCAGUGGGAUCUGGCCAGUGCCUUCUUUUUCUCAGGGACAAUCAUCACAACCAUUGGUUUUGGAAACAUCUCCCCCAAGACAGAGGGGGGGCAGCUGUUCUGCAUCUUCUACGCCCUCGUGGGAAUCCCGAUGUUUGGUAUCCUGCUCGCUGGAGUCGGAGACCACCUGGGAACUGGACUGAGGAAAGCUGUUGCUAAGAUAGAAGUCCUCUUCCUGAAAUGGCGCGUCAGUCCCAUGAUAGUGCGAGUGAUCACGGCCGUCCUGUCCAUCCUGCUGGGCUGCCUGCUCUUCGUCGCGGUGCCCAUCCUGGUUUUCCAAGAGGUGGAGGGUUGGUCUCUGCUGGAGUCGGCCUACUUCGUAGUUAUCACCCUAACAACGGUGGGGUUUGGAGACUAUGUUGCAGGGGACUCUGGACACGCGGGGAGCGACCACUGGUACAAGCCCUUGGUGUGGUUCUGGAUCUUGCUGGGUCUGGCCUACUUUGCAUCUAUCUUGACAAUGAUUGGUAACUGGCUCCGGGUUCUGUCUAAGAAGACCAGAGCUGAGAUGGAGGGAUUACGAGCCCACGCCACCGACUGGACUCAGAACAUCCAGAAUAUGUCGGUGGAUUUUCGCAUGCCAGGAAAAAUUGAUGAUCCCUUCAAGCGGCGCCGGCGAAAGCGCCGCCAUGGCUCUCGCAGCCACGGCCACAGCGGGUCAGCCGCAGGGGCUCAUGAGGGGAAAGAAGAGCAGCAGGAGAACCAAACUGAUUCUGGAUCUUACUCCUCGUCCUCCUCCACCUCCUCUAACGAAUCAGGGUCCGAAUCAGAAACAGACUCUCAGGCGACUCAGACGGAGCGAGUGCCUGAAGAAAAACCUGCAGAGGCUGAGAAGAAGGAGACUCUUCCAGACCCACACCUGUCCCAGCCCCUGGACUACUUUGGGGAGAACCUUGCAUUCAUUGAUGAGUCUUCAGAUACUCAGAGUGUGAAACUACAUCUGGAUCCUCUGCUGGACUCAACACACCCCAACUCUGUCCGCUCCCGUCAGCCGAAGAGGAGACGCCACAGGAGGCCUGUCCCACACAGAAUCAACAAAGUCAGCAGCUCCAGCUGUGACAAGAACGAGCGCAACGGAAACCCCAAACCGGUCCCAGACCUGCCGCUAAACCUGCAGGUUUAAGCUGCUCACAGAAACUCCCGCUAUAACCAGAGUCAGCUGAGAGAUGUGAGGAGUUUGCACUGUAGCAAUGUAUGUGUGUAUAUCUGCUGCUUACUUACACACACUUGAGAUGAAAACAUGUUGCAGAAGCCUCAGCCACUUGCGGUUAGCAUUAAUGUCCUUUGCAUGUGAGUGUGUAUGCCUCAAUCAAAGCUGAUUUUUAUGCCGAUGUUCCCUUUACUUCCUGAGGAGCCGCUGCUCUCUACUGGGCCAAGACAGAAGUGCACUACCACUCCCUCCACACGAGGGUUCCCUGCCUUUUACUAAUCCAACUAACCCAAGAAACAAGAGAGCAGCCAAAGCCCCUUUGGUCAGAAGAGAGAAAGAAGAGAGAGUCGCUCUUAAAUCCUGCCAACAAGUAAACGGGUACUAAACAGCCUCCUGUACGUUUUUUGGUAUGUAAGACAACUUUUCUAAAUACUGUACACAACCAUAAUAUUUGCAUUCUGAUGGCCAGACGCAUUAAUCCUAAUGUACUGCAUAUAUGUAAUAAAGAUUUUUUA